AUGGGCGCAGCUUUGGUUCUCCAGUGCUUUGAAAUGAAGAUGCGGUCCUCUUCUCUUCUAUACGCCUCUACACUUGCCUCUCUCUGCUAUGCGGCGACACCAGUUGUCGUUUCAACGACCUCUGGACAGAUCCAGGGCUUGUCCGAUGCUGGAGUGAUGUCUUUCAAGGGAAUCCGCUUCGGACAGCCCCCAACGGGAGACCUUCGUUGGACCGCCCCAGUUGCAUUCACAUCAACGAGUCCUCAGAAUGCGACCACCCUUCCGCCCUCCUGCGUGCAACAAUUUCCGUUUCCCGUAGCGGCGCUCAACAUCAAGCUGUUCAACAACCCGGAUGACCCACCGAAAGAAUCUGAAGAUUGCUUAUUCCUUAAUGUCUGGGCGCCAUCACCGCAAGGACAAAAGCUUCCUGUUGUGAUCUGGAUUUAUGGGGGGGCUCUGGCGUUUGGGACGGGCUCGAUUCCAGCAUACGACGGCACGUCAAUUGCUGCAAACCAAGGCAUUAUUGUGGUGUCUUUCAACUAUCGAACCAACGUUUUCGGCUUCCCGAGCUCUCCCGACUUGCCUCUUACCGGCAAUAAUUUGGGCUAUCUCGAUCAAGAACUCGCGUUCCAGUGGGUGCAAUCCAACAUAGCUGCCUUUGGCGGGGAUCCUAGCAAGGUUACCAUCAUGGGCGAAUCUGCCGGGGGCUUGUCUGUAAGCACGGCCAUCGUAAGACACGCACCAGGCACGGCGCCCUUCCGUGCUGGAAUUAUGCUUUCUGGAGCACAGGUGUCUUUCUCGCCCACGCCAUCAUUCAAUAACUUCAACGCGUUUGCUUCUGCGGUGGGGUGUGGCAGGACUCCCGGAGCAACACGCCUCGCAUGCCUCAGGAAGGUUUCGACGGCGACAAUCCGAAGCUAUACGAACAGCCAGGCGGGACAGGCCACCUUCAGCCCGGUAGUCGACAAUGUUGUUGGCUUUUCCGAUCCCCUGCAGCGUAUCCGCACCGGGAAAACCGCCAACGUGCCCGUUGUCAUUGGAAACCUGCAGGACGACGGAACGCUCUUCACUAUUGGCGUGACCAAUCUCAACACAUACCUCCAAGCGAGUUUCGGCACGACAGUCACAGCAGCGCAAGUCCGCAAGCUAUAUCCAGGGUUGACUGACGCCCAAAUCAUCCCUGCGUCUUAUAGGGAUUAUGUGUUCCAAUGCCCCGCUAACCUCUGGGGCGCUGCCCUCGUCGGCGCAGGCGUAUCGAACACAUACCGAUAUACCUACGGCGCUGUCUUCGCAGACAAUCAACCCUUCGCAAAUGCGGGAGCAUGGCACUCGUCAGAAAUCCGCGAAAUCUUUGGGACAUAUAAUCGCACCACGUCGGCGGCAAACGAAGUGACGCUGUCGCAAACGAUGCAGACCCUCAUCGCCAACUUCGUCAAGGACCCCACCACCCCACCGGCACCCCAGUGGGCCAAGUACGCCCCUGGUAAAAACACGCUCGCCAAGUUGGCGUACAGCAACAAUGUUCAGACCUCGAAUGUGGUCCAAUCUGUUCAAAGCGAUUCCCUUGAUGGUGCAUGUAGUUUGUGGGAUCAGUUCUUGGAUGUAAGAGUAUAA